AUGAGGAAGUUCUGCCUCGAGUCAGGAAGAGAGUGGGAUGAGGGUCUGCCACUUCUCCUUCUAGCGGCAAAGUUCUGUGGGCCCUAUACUGUCCAAGAGAAACUGAGUAACACAGAUUAUGUUACAGAAACUAUACCACAGGGCAUCAGUGGAGACUACCAGGCAUUAUGUCAGCACUAUGAAAAUCAAUACCACUUUGCCACCCUGUAUGACAGAAACCGUCGUAUACCAUUGUACCAUUCUGCGUAUAUACUCAGUCCUGGAGAUGGACCUAGGCCCAAAAAUACAAACUGGAUGAUUGAACCACGGCUGGUAUCAGACAAAGUCAACACAGGAAUGGAGUACCAAAAACAUCCUGACCAAAAUGUGAAGAACAGCCAGGCAGUCAAUGAAGACUAUAAACACUCUGGUUAUACCAGAGGCCACCUCGCCCCCAGUGGUCACCAACAGACAGAAGAAGACAAAGAGGCUACCUUCACCCUGACAAAUAUUGUUCCUCAAAUGGAAAAGUUCAAUAACGGCCCCUGGAGUCUACAGGACGAGAAGAU